ACUCGCCAGUUUUUCUUUGUUCGUCUGUUCGAACGGCGCCGCCCCAGCAUUUUCCCGUGUUUACGGUUUUUAUCCUACCACUCUUGCUUCCACGUAUGAAUAAAAGUGGAUAAAGUGGAAUUUCAUUGGUGCGCAAUAAUUUUUCGAUCAUCGUAUGUGGUAGCAAAUAGGAAAAAGUGAUUUCAAUGUCCUAGAUUGAUAUUGUCUCAAAACGGGGUCAUUGAAUCCCAGUGCUUGGCGAGUUGGACUUAAAUACGGUCUUAGCUAGUCGAUAAGACAAGAAACAAAGUGUAGUGCUUAUCAACAAUAUAAAAUUUUGGAGCUGUCUCCUUAUCAGUGUUUCAAAAAGAUUUCAAUAGGUAAUCGGCUGGAAACAAAAGCUAACCCAUUCAUUAAUAACGCAAAUCACGCCGAAAUCAGUGACAAAAUCUCAAGGUUGGGCUAUGUGGGUGGGGAGCUUCCUCGACAACAACAAGCUAAAUAAAUAAACAGUCGAAGCGCCGUAAAAGUGCAUCCAACUCAGCUGUAGAGCAAUAACACCAGUUCUGUUUUGUUUCUGGGACUGCUGAACAAUUUUAACCAUUCGGACUGAAUAACUACUCCCCCGUGCGUAUAUCGCCUUUUUCUACCCAAAGAGAGCACAUCAAGAAGCAGAGGAAAAACAGUUGACAUUGCACUCGCGCUUCGCUAGGUGGCCCACUUAGUGCACGAAAAUUCGCUUCUGGCAAGCGUUCACGCGUCGUACCAUCAUGGUCGGUCAGCAAAGGUUCCAGCUAGGCGACGUGGCCAUCCUGACGCGGGACCACGUCAAGAUUCGCGACCCGGACAAGGUGGAGCACAUGUUGAACGAACUGGUGGCCGGUGGCAUCGGCAAGCUCCAGAUGGUGACGGAUUUCGAUUAUACAAUCACCAAGCAGAGGCUCGAGAAUGGCGAGAAGAUUUUGACCAGCUUCGGAAUGUUUAACGAGUGCAAAUCGCUGCCGGAUUACGUGCUAGAAGAAACCAAAAGGCUAUUCCACAAGUACCGACCAAUCGAAAUCGACCCGCACAUGCCGCUGGACGAAAAGGUGGUCUACAUGAUCGAGUGGUGGUCCAAGACGGGGGAUUUGCUGAAAGGCUUCCCGCUCCCCCAAGAAGAAAUUACCGAAGUUGCCAAGAGAUUCAAAGACGGCCUCCGGGACGGCACCCACGAGAUGUUCUACGACCUAAACCAGCUCCAGGUACCGUGUCUGGUGUUCUCGGCCGGUUUGGGCGAUUCGGUGGUGUCGGUGCUGCGGCAAGCAAACGUAAUGCAUCCCAACGUAAAAGUAAUCUCCAACUUCCUGCAGUACAGCGCCGACGGUACGCUCAAUGGUCUGCAGGACAAAAUGAUCCAUACGUUCAACAAGAACGAAACCGCUCUGGAGGGCACCGAAUACUACGAUCUGGUGCACGACCGAGACCACGUGAUCGUGAUGGGCGACUCACUGGGCGACGCUGGCAUGGCGGACGGGAUUCCCACCUCGUCGCACGUGCUCAAAAUAGGAUUUCUGUUCGAUCACCCCGAGCAAAACCUUCCGCGCUACAUGGACACCUUCGACAUCGUGCUGAUCGAUGACCAGACAAUGGACGUGCCGCGGGCGAUUGUAGAAAUGAUAAAGAAUAAAUCCCACCAGUUAGAUAUUUAGAUUGUUAAUAGACAUUUUUAGCAUUACAAAGACGUUUGUAUCUGACACUUAAAUGUUUCGUUUCCAUCCAUCUGCGAUCGAUCUCGAUCCAAUGGUCGUUUUAGCAGAAUCUACUCUACUUAAAACUUCAUCAAUGUUUAUCUGAAAAAGUGAACUGUCCCACGUUUCUGUCGUGCGCUAUGUGAGCUGCACCAAUAUAAAUUAUUGUUCGUGAAA